AUGAAUGCACCACCAUUAAUACGGUCACUUCGGCGGACCCUUCAGGUCCAGAUGCCGACCGCAAGAUGUGUAUGGCAACAGGUCAUGCGACCGGCACAGUACCGCUUUAACAGCUCCUUACGGUCGUCGACAUCCUCACAGCAGGCCAAUGAACUACCAACGAAACCGACGACGACUGAAAGUGACCCCACUGACAACGCGCGUGUCCCCCGCUCCGUCCAGGCGCUGUAUCUGGCACCCCUCCGUCGCGAGGCCGAGUAUGGUGUGCCCUCGGCUGACCUGCAGCUGCGCUCGUACAGCAGGCGUGGUCUUAUCCUCUUUUCCGACUUUGCCCUGCGCGCUGCCUACUACCUCGGCCUGCCGGCGUUCGGCCCCGUGCCGCUGCCGCGCAUCACGGAGCGCUGGACGGUGCCCCGGUCGCAUUUCAUUCACAAGAAGUCGCAGGAGAACUUUGAGCGCAUCACGUCGCGGCGGCUGAUCCAGAUCCGUGACGGCAAUCCGGAAACGGUGCAGAUCUGGCUGGCGUUUUUGCGGAAGCACGCAUACCCGGGCAUCGGCAUGAAGGCCAACAUGUGGGAGUUUGAGAAGCUGGGCGUUGGCAAGGCCAUGGAUGCUGCAGCGGGCGAGGCCAAGGGCCUGCUGGAACCCCAAUGGGACCACGCGGGCGCGGGCAAGAUUCCGAAGACGGUGGCCCAGGCCAAGGCCCUGGAAGAGCUGGCGAAGAAGGAGGGCUAUGCCCAGACGGUCCAGCGGAUCAAGGAGGAGCUCGUUACGUCGCGGCAAAUGGUGGCUGGCGGCAGAUAG